AUGAGACUUCUCACUGUCCAUCGCUUUCUCACCCUUGUAGUACUUGUGCACAUAGCACAAAGUACCGAAAAUUCGGAAGAGAAACCUGUGCAGAAGCCAGAAGUUUCUACGGAGGCCCCGUCAUCAAACGAUGCAACGCAAGCCACUGAGUCCAAAUCAGCUGAGAAUUCUGCAACGGAGAACACUGGAGGAGACGAGAAAAAAUAUGCGCUGGGAUCACUGUGUAAUUACUGCACUUAUUGCAAGGUAUAAACCCUCCAGUUAGUAUACAAUCAAUUUUAUAGCUAUCGCUGAAACUGUUUGAUCGACGCUUCGAUUCGUUAUUCCGUAAUGCUGACGUAGCGACGCGACAUGUACAGUAGAUCAAAUUUCCGCUUUCAGUAGGGUUUUAAUAUUUCUAAAAUGUUGAUUUCUUUAAAUGUCUUAAUUGGCACUUAAGAAACAAUUUUUACCUAAGGAUCUUCGUGUCUUUGGUUGCCUUCCCCCUAUUCUCCAUUUUAUUUUUUAAAUUUCAGUUAUACAGCUAUUUUGCUUGCGUGAAAAACCACUGGAAUUUUUGAGGAAAUCUUUAGAGGCUUAAGCUUCAUGGGUGGAUUAAAAUACUCCCAGAAUAAUCCAGGCUCAAAAAAAUAAUUAUCUGACAGACAAACUGGAAAUGUUGUCAGGGGCCAUUGUCAGGCGUGUAUUUAGCCUGUGCACGGACGUCCCCCCUCCCUCAGAAAAAAUCGGGAGAAGAGAGGUCUGUGAAUCGCCGUCGUUAAUCGUGUUCCGGUAUACAUUUGCAUAAAUUUUUUGUUUCAUCUGACAGUUGAAAAGGUGUUGACAAACCAAAAUGACUGGGGACUCUUUUAGAGCACGUACACAGUUAUUCUCUCGGAUGUUCUCAACAUUUAUUGCUAAGCUAGGCUCUAACUAGAAUAUCUAGCUAAAAUGUCAUUUAAAACGAGUAUUUCAUGCUUUUGAAUUUUUUUUUUUUUAAUUUUUUAGCUCAUAAAGUCUGUCUGUUACUGUACAUCGAUUUCCUGUGGUUUUUGGUUUGACAAAAUUUUGAUCUCGGAAGCACUGUUUACAUUUCCAGUCAAGCGUUUUUUGCGGGAGUUGAUCCAUUCGAUGAUUUUGAGUAGGUUUCAUGUAAAGGAUCGUUCACUUCUCUUCAGCAAGAAACUACAAAAGCCUUACUUUUGCCUAAUUCUAUGAGUUAUGACCGGCACAUGUAGGCCAAAAAAUAGCCCUGGCAUCUGUACACAGGCUAGCUGAACAUCUUCUCGCAAUGUCCACGCUAACAUCCAGAUAUAAGAUCUCUGAUUAAGCGUUGAUUUCAGUACGUCCACCCACAACCGGUGCAGCAAACAUCGGUGGUCUUAAUUUCACAUGCCUAUUCCAAAGAGCCGAAAUCAAAGUAAACAAAUACAAAUGUGAUAAGCUGUCCACAAAAGCUGAGUUUUUCCCCGGGGAAUCUAUUCUGAGAUUCAUUCACCAAUCGCAACACCAGAAAUUAUUUGCGUCAUGGCAUUAACAAUACAACCAAUCAGAGGCUGUCCCCAACAUUCCGGGGAAACGGGAACACGAUUAUCAGCGGCGAUUCACAGAUGUCUCUUCUCUCAAUUUUUUCUGAGGGAGGGGGGACGUCUGUACUCAGGCUAGCAUGUAUUAGGCUGAUUUGGCAACAGAACAGGAACGUCAGACAACUGGAAAGCGCACAGAAAGGACUAAACGCGACUUCCGGUGCUCCAUUUUCCUCUCUGUGAUUGGUCAUUCCAGUUGUUUGAUUUGCAUGCACCGUCGUCAACUGACGUUCCCGUUCUGUUGCUAAAUCAGUCUAUUAUCACAGGCGGCCCAGAUGUAGUGUGUCAAUAACAUGGACAAAAUGGGAUGAGUCGUCGAAUCUCCCAUGAACCAAAAUAGUCCAGAAGUCAAAAUAUAACAAAACAAAGCUAACAUAUGUACCUUUAACUAAACGUUUCCUUGUUUUUCCUGGCCGGUUAAAGUGGCAUUUUGUUGAUUUUUGCAGUUGUAGGUACUAUCCACUAAAGAAGAAUUAAAGGCUGGCUACAAAAAAAAACGGACCAUCUCCACAUGCCUCCCUGCGAAGUGCUAUAAACUGAGAAUAAUCGACGAAUCAGCUCCAGAUUGCUAUAGGCUAAUCUGCAGGUUACGUGUGCUCCGGCUUCUUGCUCAGUUGCUCCCUAAACCCAUCGCAACUGCAUGAUAAUCGCUCACUCAUUAACAAACACUUGACCUUUAUGCUCUGUCAUGAACCACAAAUGGGCAGGAUUACUACGCAAUUUGAGUAUUCAAGCAUAGCGACUGCAUCUGCGCGACAAUACACUUGCUAUGGGAGAUGGUACUAUAAAAAAAUAAAAUACAAGGUCUGUAAAAAACUAAUAUCAGAGAGCUAAAAGCAAAGCUCUCAACAAUAUUUAAUUAGCAAAAAAGCAACUUUACAUCUGCAGCACAAUGUUUUUGUACAUUUCUUUGCCGUUCUUUUGCAGGACUACAACGUGAAACUUUCAGAAACUUUUUGUUGGUACUUCCUUUUCUUCUCUUUCUUAUGCUCCAGCGCUCCAUAAAGAUCGAUUCUGUGGAUUUGUUUUGGUUAGACGCUGAGUCCUCAAUGUGAAAGAUCAGAUGUACAUCAAAGAAUGCUUUUUAUCCUCCUGAUGGUACUAUUUCUUCUCGGUCAAUCAACACGGAGGGAGGGUCUGCUACAUAAGUUUUGACCCAAAAACAAGAGGCGAUCGCGCGACCCUUCCUGUCUGUCCGUAAACAGUUUUCAAGUUCGAAUUUUUGUAGCGUUUGUAGUCACAGCUGCUGUCACAUUGUUCGUUCAUCAUUCACUCACACUUUUUGAUUGACUGAGAAGCAGCGGUACCAUCCCUCCCAUAGCAAGCACUGGGCCAGGUUGUUCAAAGCUGGGUUACGGUAACCCAGGGUUAGUGCGAAAUAAUUUAUGAGAGCUUAAAAAGCAAAUUCACUUUAAUUCUCUUUGCCUAAAAUUUGAUAAUUGGAUACGCCAAAAAGAAUAGAGAAAAUAUCCGCGAAAGUGCUUUUGAUAAAAAGAAAAUGCAAUGUGGGUUAAAAUUUAACCCUGGAUUUGCGCUAACCGGUGUUCGAACAACUGGGCCCUGUAAUAUUGCGCGGAUGCGGUCACUAUGCUUACAUAUUCAAAUCGCACAGUAAUCCUGCCCGUUUGCGGUUUAUGACAGAGCAUAGAGGUCAAGUGUUUGGUGACGAGCAAGCAAUUAUCUUGCAGUUGCAAUGGGUUUUGUGGAACCAGCAAGCACACGUAACCUGCAGAUUAGCUAAUGGCAAUUUGGAGCAGAAUCAAGCCCUAGGAUUUCACGGUAAUGAUCAUUUCCGGUACCGUGUCGUUACCAUGAUCUUAAAAUAACAGAAGCAAAAAAUAUAGUUUCCCAGUGACAUAUCCCGAUACAUUUUGACUGAGGGAUGAAAAUACACAAAUGUCUAUCGUCCACAAUCUUGAAUCGUUCCCAAAGUACAUUGCACAUUGUUGAUGAUUUACGCAUGAACUGAGAAUAUUGUUUUACACUUAACAACAGCAAUUGUUAUGGCCUCCACUGCCAAGAAAAAAAUAUGAUGCCAAAAGCUUAAAAACAAUUAGAAUGUAGUCUUUUAGUGACAAUUUCACUGUUGAAACUGAUGAUGAGUCCCGAAUCUCCUUAUGAAAAGACAAGAUCUGUAGCGAGUAUAAGUCUAGUAUAAGCUUACUUUUUUAGUUGGAUUGAAGAGGUUUCUGGAGUUUUUGACAACUUAGUGCACACACAUUUAACACUUAAACUGACCUUCUUCUGACAUUUUAUAUUAAGAAUUAAUGGCAUACAAUAAACUUAACUUCUUUUACUUAGCCUUAACAGAAAAAGAAUGCUUUAGACUUCGAAUUCCUUUUGAACUUUUUUUCGAAUGGUUUUCUCACGAGGCUGGAUUACCAGCCAGUGUUUGGGAAAAUGACCCCACACUCAAGCGUAAAUCUCCUCAAACAGGUAUUCAAGCUUAAGGUUCAGGAAAUGGAAUACACAUUUAGAUAAACAAACUUUAGGAAUCAUAAAAAAAAACUUAUUUGGGUUGUUAAAGAACACAAUCUGCAAACAUUUGUUUUGCAUCCCAUACAAUGUAUUUGCAUGUUCAGAAAUGAACAUCGGUGAAACUUCAUCUAUUUCGUUGCCUUGCACACUAUCACAAGUCUCCAGAAAGAGAAAAUGUCGCUAAUGUUUUAGGGCAAAGAAGUUGAUUUCACGAGAAGUCUGUUUGACAAACAGCAUGACUUCAACGGUACUUCAUUAGAAGUCAAUAAAAUACGGCAGAGCUUUUAUUUUGGUUGUCACGCUCAACAGAAAUUUGCUCAUAGUUGUUUACAAGAAGCUCCAGAAAUAAGCGCCGUUCGUUCUCAAUUAACUUAAAUGUUUAUCAGACUAAUCUGGUAUUGAGUCCGCAAUCGAGAUACAUGUUCGACAUAAAGGAAUUGUUUUUAAUCAAUGCACUAAAAGUCAUUCCUGGAGAAACAUGGCUCGACCUGUUGAGAAUUGCGAUCGAUUUGCCCGAAAGUCGAUAAGACUUCCGUCAAUUUCAUCACUAGCUGAUUUUCACAAUCCUUUUUCAAGUAAAAGUCAAACAUUAGACGGACCAACCGUUAGAUCAUAAGAAUAAUCCAUUAGAGUGUUAGAAGAAAUCGUUAAAGCGUUUAGACAAAUCAUUAGAGAGUUUGGUCGCAACGUCAACCCUGACCAAAAAAUUGUUACCAAUAGUUUCCUAUGAUCUCUGGGCAUGGAACCGAAAAAUAUUAUUGUUAUUCAUGGGAUUAAAAUCCUGGAGCUUGCGGGAUCGUCAAUUCUUCUCAAAUUUAUAGCGCUUCGCGUGGAGGUGCUUGGAGAUGGUCCGUUUGUUAUUGUAGCCAGCCUUUCAUUCUUCUUUAGUGGAUAGUACCUACAAUUGCAAAACUUGACAAAAUGCCACUUUAAUUUAACUGGCCAGGAGAGACAAGGAGACAUUCAGUUAAAGGUAUUGUUAGCUUUGUUUUGUUAUAUUUUGACUUCUGGACUAUUUUAGUUCAUGGGAGAUUCGAUGGCUCAUCCCAAUUUUUCCAUGUUAUUGACAGACACUACGUCUGGGCGACCUGUGGUAUCAUGUUCAUACAAAAAUCUUUCCUCAAAUAAGCACACAGGUACUUACGUAAAGAAGGGUGCUUAUUAAGUUUUCCAUUCAAUGGGCUGUUAUUUUAUUUUGGCGUGAAAUCUUUUUUGAAAAGAUAGAAAUAUAAAACCAAAAACUAUAACUACAUAUUGUCUAGUAGUUAAAUCUAAGGCUCCUAUUUAAAUGUCUCCGCCCGCCUCAUCUAGCUUUUGCUGUUUGUGGGCCGAGAUGGCAAAAUGAUGUGUAUGAAAAUAAAGUAUAGUGUGUGUUUAACAUUAAAUCACUACGAUCACCCAGAUGAUUGUGCUUCACCUGCUUUUGAAAGUCAUGGGGAGCCAAGAGGAGGGCUUUUUCAAGAGGGGCACUGACUGAUAUUAUGCCCAAGGGGGUGGAUGCUUAUUUGGGGAAGGGUGCUUGUUAGAGUGUGUGGGCUUAUGCAGCUUCAAACUGAUAGUCUUGGUAAUAAUUUAUGUUCUGCCCAGUCAUUUUGUCCAGCUGCAAAGAGAAUUUUGUUUUAGACAUAUUGGGCAAAUGUUAUUCUGACAUUGCCUGAUGAGUGACUGUUAUAACAACUCUGCAAACAAGUCUGUGAGCAGACUUUUUUUCCUUUACACCUAGUUAUUUUCUUCUCACAACUUGUGGAUUGUAGACUGAUCUCACUUCUAGUCACUCAUGGUCCAAAAAUGUCUAGCAGUAAUAGAAUAUUUUAGUUAAUCAUUCCAUUAAGUGAAAAACAAAAGAAUAGCAAUUUACACAUUAUAUGACACAGGUCAAAAUUAAAUUCAGGUUAAAAAUUUUUAACCUAGGUUGAUUCUCAAUUAUUUCCUUUGUUUCCUAGCCCUAAUUAUUCAUGAAUUAGGGCUAAGAGACAAAUUAGGAAAUUGAGAAUCAACCUAGGUCAAAUCAAAAUUAACCUUACCAAGUAUAUUCAGUCAAAUUUGACCUGUAAAGGCUGAUUUAGAGGUACAAUUUUUGCUUACUACUAUCAUGCGCGACUACCAUGUGUUAUGACUUCACAAUAGAUCAUGUCGUGUGAAUUAGACCCAUGACAUUCGUACGAUACAUUGUGGAUGGCGUUAGUAAAAAUUGUGCGUUUAUGGAUUGUUGAAAGUCAUGACGUAUCACUUGCUAGUCGAGCACGAUAGUUGUAAGCAAAAAUCAUACCUUGACUGGCCUUAACAUAACUACAGUAACAUCCUGGGGUCAUGUUGAUCUGUCUUUUAGUUUUGUGAAUUGUGUGACAAGGAUUGCCCAUGUGAAACCAGUAAGAAGAAGCCAAAUUGUCAUUUGUGCAAGGUAAGUUUGAUUUUUGUCAUUUAAACUGCUAAAAUGUUGAAAAUAAACUAAAAUUUUGAAUAAAAUUUUAUGCUUGCAAAUGUUGUGACAAAACUGGCAAAUGAUCAUGAAGAGUAAUGCUGCAUGAAAUUAAAAAUUAUUGAGAAUUAAUCAUAUCAGCCUUGUACUGUUUUCUGUUACUUUGGUUGCGAACAGACAACAUCAUCUUGACUCAAGCAAAUUUUCCACCUCAGGAUUUCUGCUGACUUUGAAACAUACCCAGAUUAUACAUGUACUUUGGUUCUAAUAAACUUUUUUCAAUAGAGAAAUACUAAGUUCUGGACUGUUAUGCUUCGCCAGCUUGGUAAAGACACCACUUUGAACUUAUAGACAUAGACAAUUAGACACAGUUAAAGUUAAGGCAGAAAUUAAAAUUGACUUAUUGUAACUUUUAUUUUGUUGUUUUGUUGUCAUUUCAUUUCUCAAUCAUUGAGAAAUCAAGCUUCACCCAUUAAAAUUGCCACUUCAGUGAUUCUCAUAAGAAAGGAAUUUUGUCUCUAGAGAUGACUCACUUGUCUCACAAUGAGCGAGACGAAACUGGUAACUUACUUUACUAUACAUGUAUGAUUUGCAAACUUGGGUUCCAAUCUCACUCAACUUCUUUCCACAUCAUUGCCAAGCAUCAUAAGCUUGCCAAAGCUAGUAAUACCUAAUUACUUCAAUCCCAAUAAACUGUGCAGUUAGAAAUCAUUUUCAAGAGCUUCUAGUUGAGUCAAACACUUUAUUGUGGCUUAAAUUAUCAUGUUAUGUAUACCAAGUAAUUACAUGAACUUGGUGGUUGUAUGCUGCAUGGAGUACAAGUAGGAUGAUUAUAAAGUACUUUUCUCAUUUUAUCUUGCAGUACUGUAAAUAUUGCAACCUGUGCAGUUUGUGUGAUGUAGUCUGUGUUCCAGGUUAGUUGCCUUUAAUAAUACCGACAGAGUGUUGAUUUCAGGCUGUCUGAUUCCUUCUGAAAGAGUGUGAAAAUGGAAAUCGAACAAGACAGUGGAGUUACCAGGAGGUUGCAUUAUGUGCAAAAAUGUCUACUAUUUUGACAAAGUAAUGCAAUUAUUAAUCUAUCUGUACAGCAAUUUAUUGUUCCAAGAAUACUGGUUAUAUGGUGCAAUUUGAAUAAGAAAUAAUAAGCAAACCUUGAGAGUGUAGAGACAAGAUAUAGAGAAAAAAGCGUGAUUCAUUGGUUUCACAUUUUGGGAUUCAGACCUGGCAAGAGAACAUGAUACUUUUCCACAAAGCAAGUCACAUGUAGUUGAAGCCAGAUACCUGGAAAAAUGCCUGUUCUAAUAGAGGAGAGAAGGGUGACCUGACGUUACCAGGGUAUCAAAAUUUUUGGAUCACUACAGUAGGGAGCUUAAGCAACGGCGACGGCGAUGAGAAUGGCCAAAAAAGCAAUAGGUUUGAAUUAGCAAAACAACAACUUUGCAUGUGCAUCACCCUUUUUUUACAUUUCCAAAUAGUCUUCGUUGUAUGACUGUGACAUGAAAGUUCCUAAUUCAACUUGCCCACUUUAUGGAGUAUGUGAACACAACACAAAAAUUUUCUUUUUCCCUUUCUAAACUUAGAUAUGGUUCUUUUGGAUCCAACCCUAGAAAAUUGUGCCAACAUUUGACAAAUUAAAUGAAAUUGAAUAAGAUCGAUGAAGUUUGAAGGGUGCAAAUUCACUUUUUAAGUGAAGUUUCCUGCUUGUUGUCAUCCAGAAAUUUUGCUACCAUGGCAACGUCACGUAAUGACUUCUCUUCUCUAUUAUAAACAGCUCUUAGGCUAUGUUCACACUAUACCAAAUAGCUUUUUGUGCCAACACGAAAAGCUAUUCGUUAUACAUGUACAUGAUUGUAGUAUGGAUAGCUACAUUGUAUCCGAUAUGUGACUUUCCACUUAUAAGAUUGGUGCUUCACAGCUUCACUCCAUUACAGAAAUCACACUUGUUAUAUGUGAUCAGGAGGAGCCCUACAUGUAAAUCCGGUAUGGUUUUCAUACCAGAGCAAAAGGUUUCCAGUAUUGUGAACUUAGCCUCCCAGUAGGGGUUCUCUGGAUUUCAAGUGACAGGGAUGAUUGAAGGAAUUUGUUGGGGUUUGAAAUUUUUGAUUUCAGGAAAUUUUUUGAGUAGGAAAAUUUUGGCAAGUAUUUUUUGGUAGCUUGAUUUAGGUAGGGAUUUUUUGGGGGGUAUUCAAAACAAUCUGAAGAUUCGUGAUAGUUCCCCCAUAUCCCUGCUGCAUAUGAAUAAACAAACACAAAUACUCCAUUACAAACGUUUCUGUUUUUCAUGUUAUAUCAUUUUAAAGCUUUCUGGAAAUUUUUAUGGCUCAGAAAUUGGGCAUGGAAUUUUUUGGGGGUUAAAUUUUGGUCCAGGAAUUUUGGGGGGUUUUGAUUUUUGCCUCCAUUCAAUAGUCCCUGUCACUUGAAAUCCAGAGUACCCCCCUCUUCCCCUCUGGGCGUAGCUUUAGAUACUCCUUUCAACCACAUUGUUUAUACAACCACAUUUUAUUGACCCAAAAUUAAAACACUCAGUCAUUUUCUUUUCAAAAACGUCACACAACCAUCUCAUCGGUAUAGCCACAUGUUUUUGGCCAAACAAAGGUCGUAUCUACAGGUUAUUUUAGCUAUAACUUUGGAAGACCCAAAUGUUAAAUAACUUGUCCUGUUUCCAUGUAGGUGGAGUUGUUGAUGUUGUGAGCUCAGCAAUUUACAAGUAAGUUUGGUUCAUAAUGGGAGAGUUUAAGUUCACAUGUAGAUAAUAGGUAUCCAAGGAAUGCAUAAAGUCAUUAAAUAGAACGAUAUCAUGUACUAUUAAUGUGUGGCUGCUUUUCCCAUUAUUGUAUCACAUUUGAACCCCCACCAUUGUUCGCUCACUAAAAUGGCCUCCUUUCUACUACAGCCCCCUUUAUUUGUCCCAGCUAGCAAACAGUACCAAUAAUCCAUUCUUUCACCCUUGUUUUAACCUCAGUCUAUUAAAAAACUAGUGCACUUUUCCACUGCAACGCCCUGUUGGGAACAGUUCUGAGAAGUGACACGGCCUUGAAACAGCAACAUAAGACAGAUGAAAUAGAGACAAACAACACAAAAAUGAAUUGAGAUUGGGACAGUGAUGAGGACAAGCACAAAUACAAUGGGAAAAUACCAACAGGGACAUGGGCCCUACCUUCACAAUAUGUGAAAUUCAAACUACUGGAAUAUGUUCCCCCACCCCUCCUUAAAAGAGAGUGGUGAAUAAAUUGAUGUUGCAUACUCACCUUGCUUUGUAACAAUUUUGUUGUAAAUAUCUGAUUUGUGUUUUAUUGACAUAUUUUUUAAUUACACUGCAUGCACAUGCAGCUGUAUGAAUAUUCUUGAAUAACCAUUGAGAAAACUGAUAAACAUUUUCUACUCUUCUUUUGAACUCAUUUUGUCACAAUACACUGUAAUUCACCCUAUACUGCGAACAGUCUCUCCCUUUCUUCAUUUAUUUUUUUUUGUGAGGGGAGUGUAUGCCCGUGUGAACAUCAGGACCCAAGAAACAGGGCAGUAGCUUCUCCUGUCUCGCCCCUUUAGUCAUUUGUGUGGUUAUUUUCUUGUCUUUAGCGUUUCACUUAAGGGACUAAGAAAAAAGAGAGACUGCUCGUAUUCUAUCUACAGUGUAGACCCCUGCCUUCUGAUAAUGGCCAGCGAUAAAGGUGUUGUGGCUAGAAAUGUUUGACUGGUCUUUAUUUAAUAAACAUCUGUCAGAAGGUGUUGGUAUAGUGUACUCUGAUGAAAAUCAUCAUGGAUUAAAUUCAGGAUCUGUCUCAAUUAAUACCAUGAACCUCUUAGAACAUGUGUCACGUGUGCAAACAUGACGGAACUAUGAUUUUUUUCUCAUUGUUAUACUUCUGUUUUGCUGUUCAAAGUGGUAUUUAUAUCAUAUACAUUUGUAAGGCUACUUUCAGUUUAAACCAUAAUAAUGUUUUUGCCUUUUAGAGAAGUGACACAAAAUGAUUCACGUCUUUUCUCUUUUAUUAUUAUUAUUUUAUUACAGUUCUCUUCCAUCCUUUGACAAGGAUACCAAAGAAAAGGUUGACAAGGACAUUGAGUCAGCUCGAAAGUGGAUCAAAGAAUACCUUUGA